AUGCCUGAUACCAAUACAACUACUACAUGUUAUAUGACUGUCAUAGGUAUUGCUUGUCCUAUUAAACCGUCUUAUGCUACAACUGAGUACUAG